CAAUACGCUCCACGAUGUCGAGGGCCUUAACCGCAGCCCAGGUCAUUGGCCUGGGCGAUUAUCUAAACCCUGACUUUGAUCCUGCUAUACUGACAGUAUCUCAGCUCCUUGGUGUUCUUGGAUAUCAUAAUAUUAGAUUUCCGACUCCUUACACGAAGCCAAAAUUGGUACAACUUUUCCUUGACGAAAUAAGGCCGAAGGCCGCCAAAUUCAAGAAAGACAGAUUGAAGAAGGAAAACAGUACUGCCAGCGAUGAUGGAAUAACUGAUGGCAUGACAGGGAAACCCCUCAGUGGUGCCGUCAAGCCAAGACGAUCUUCUAGGAGAUUUUCUCGUGUACCCUCGGAUGACGAUGAACCGCCGCCUCGACCAGAUCCGCCGAAACGCCGUCGUUCGUCAGCACAACCCAGCCUCGGUGGCGCACAUAAAACUACCGCUCGUGCCGCAGUACAGCCCGCAGUUCUUGAGGAAAGUGAACCUGAAGAAGAUCCGCCUGUGCGUAAGGUCGGCAGGAACAAGAAGAGUUCUCAAGCCGCUGGCUCGCAAGCGCGCAGAAUCUCGCUUGCAGAUGACAGCGGGUGGGAGGAUAAUAACAUUUUUCAGUCUGGUGCUGAAUCAUCUUCUCCUGUGCGGCCGUCUUCUGCGCGUUCGCAAAGUGCUCGGAAAAGUCCUUCUACCAGGAAGUCACGCCACUCGCUCUCAGCACCCCCUCAGCCAUCUCCGUUUUUGUCUCCUCCGAAAGCGCCUUUCUUCCCAGUAGAUUUACAGCGCUCUCCUCCGCAGUCAAAGUUUGAACCAGAAUUGCCCCCUACCAUAUCACGACCGCCCCGAAUCUCAACACCAUCUGAGAGAGUUCAUUUCAGUCCCGUCGAACAUCGGUCUAGUCCCUCGCCACAAUUGACACGCAAGGUAGAUGCUCAUGGGCCAGAUCUCGAUGAUACCGCGGGUGUUUUUGAUGACCAGACGCCUGAUGAAAGCCAGAGCGAUGGCUUCGGGGAUCCUGAUUCGCUAGAAGUUGCCGCCCCCAACCUUAUAGGUGACCAAUUGAUUCGCCGGCGCCCAGCCCCUCCACUGCAACGUUCUAGGUCUCGCUUUGUGACGCUCAUUUACCUAAUCGUGACGCUCGUCGCAUCUUACUUUGUGAAGCAGUACAAAGAUGAAUCGUCUGCCAUUGGUUACUGUGAUAUUGGCAGCAACACCAAUCAGGCUCUGCGGGACCUCGAAGUGCAACGGGAGGCAGUCCAACCUUGUAACAAAGACAAUAGGACAGUUCUAUAUCUCCCGUCGGUUCUAUCGGACACUGGACUGUUCGAGGACGGAAUAUCAUUUCCGCCGUGCGUUCUAGCCCUACAGCCUUCAACAUGUGCUCCUUGUCCAGAAUUUGCUUCUUGCACACAACACUCAGUGGUUUGCAACCCUGGUUAUGUGCUCCGUCCACACCCUGUUCUUGGUCUCUUAUCACCUUUCGGCUCCGUAACCCCUCUCGCGGAAAGCAUAUGGAGCUUAAUUGGUGACGUUACCAAUGGCUUGCCGGGUUUGGGACCUGUCGCGUUUCCCCCGCGUUGCAUCGAAGAUCCGAAACGAAAAAGGAAUAUAGGCGCCCUGGGCAAAGCGAUAGAAGCAUUUCUUGGUCAGGAACGAGGGAGACGCGUGUGCAGCGGGGAAAAACAAGUACGACAGAUUGUCAACGAUAAUGAAGGGGGUGAGGCAAAUAAAUGGGGUCUGGAAGUCGAGACGCUGAGGAACACCAUGAAGCGCAAAACAGCUCCGCAUCUUCUCGCCACUUUUGAUGACAUGUUCAAUGAAGCCAUACAACAGCUAGUCCAAUGGGGUGGUGUAAUUUUCGGGGAGGACGCCGCAGGCAAUCGUUAUUUGGCUCACAAGACGCCACAAUUGACUUGGAACUGCCAACUUACUGUCAAGUCUCGGGAGUUUUGGGAACAAUGGCGAGCGUCUGUGUAUGCCUUCAUUGCAUGUAUGGGCGCGUUCUUUGUCAUGAGGCGGUCCCGUACACAUCGCCAAAUCGAGGGGAGACGUGUGGCAGAAUUAGUGCAAAUCGCGCUUGAUACUUUGCGUAAUCAAGAACUUGCGCACCACACGGACCCAGUGACGGCACCGCACCCAUAUUUGUCUUCUCUACAGCUUCGUGAUCUCAUCUUACAGGAUGAACAUUCAACAUCAGUUCGAAGAAGAGUAUGGGAUCAGGUGGAGCGUGUGGUUGAAGGGAAUGCCAAUGUGAGAGCAAACCUUGAAGAAGUACAAGGUGGGGACGAACUACGCGUCUGGCGAUGGGUAGGAACUACAGGUGGACUGGACUUUCGGAAGAAGGUUCAAUUUGAGACGCAAAAGGAUGAAGUGAAAAACUAAUGCCCUGUGAACCACGCUGGUUCUAGUCACGAUGGUUGAUCGAUUUAUUGUUGUCUAAUACGCUUCUUAUGUCCUGUAUAUCGGGAUCGUUGUUCUGUGCUUUUGGUGUGAUAACUACAUAGCGUCGUUAUCCCGUUCUCUUAUUCACAACCAAUACUAGUGUGCCAAACUCUCGUCCAA